AUGUGGAUAAGAGACAGGAUAUGCACAUAUCGUAUGUGCGUACACCUGUUUGGCGGAACAUGGUGUCCAAGCGCGAGUACUUAUGCACUGAGGCAAACAUCAAAGGACAACACAGUUGAUGUCGACGACAAAAUUAGAAAUAUUGUGAACGAGAACUUUUAUGUAGACGAUGCCUUGAUAUCUGUUGCUGACGAGGAAGACGGGGUGAGAAUUAUUAGAGACCUCACUUCGUUGCUGUCGUCAGGCGGCUUUAAGCUCACUAAGUGGUUAAGCAACAGCCCAACGAUACUUCGAGAGGUAUCAGUAGGAGACCGUGCUACAACUGUCAAAGACCUAGACCUUGAAGGUACACUACCUACAGAGAAGGCCUUGGGUAUAAGAUGGGAUGUGCAAAAUGAUGCUUUUGGAUUUAACGUCAGUGUUAAGCAUGUGCCGAAAACCAGAAGAGGGGUGUUGAGUGCACUGAGUUCGGUUUUCGACCCACUUGGAUUUGUCGCCCCAUUUACCUUGAAGGGUAAGUUGAUAGUUCAACAACUUGUGCGUCGACGUGUAGGAUGGGACGAUCCAGCUCCAGAUGACUUGUUGUCAAAAUGGGAGUUAUGGCAAAAUGAAUUGAUUCAUUUAGAAGAGCUGAAAAUUAGAAGGUGCUUGCGAAAGGACGAAUUUGGCGAUGUUGUAACUCAAGACUUGCACCAUUUUGCCGAUGCUUCCGAAGUGGGAUACGGUGUGGCUUCGUACUUACACAUGAAAAACCAACAUGGUGAUACACAGAGCACAUUAGUAUUCGCAAGGUCCCGCCUAUGUCCAAUCAAACGUGUAACGAUACCAAGACUAGAGCUAAUGGCCGCAACUCUAGCUGUAACGACGGACACAUUCUUAAGAAAAGAACUUGGAUUGAAUGUUGGAGGUUCCUACUUUUGGACAGAUAGUAUGAUCGUUCUUCAGUACAUCCGAAAUGAUGAAAGACGAUUUAAGACCUUCGUUAGCAACAGACUCGCGACUAUUCACAAUGGAUCCAGCUCCACUCAGUGGAGGCAUAUUGAUGGCAAACGGAACCCUGCGGACCUCGCGUCUCGAGGUCUGGAUGCCAAACAGCUCGUAGGAAAUAUGUUAUGGUAUGAGGGCCCAGAAUUCCUCAGAAGAAACGACACCAUGUGGCCGAUUCAACCCGACAAUUCUGGUGAUACAUACGAAGACGACCCGGAAUUAAAGAAGGAUGAGAGAGUUUGCCAUCACAUACAGAAAGAAGACUCUGCACACAUUUUGAAUAUAUUAAUUAGUAGAUAUGCAUCAUGGACUAAGUUGAAGCGUACUAUAGCCUGGCUACUGCGUUUCAAGAGCUUCAUAGUGCUGAAAAAGAGAAAGGGAUUAGAUAAACUCUCUUGUGUUGACUUAACUGUAGGCGAAGUCCAAGAAGCUGAAUUAGAAAUCCUUAAAUAUGUCCAAUCCACACAUCUUUCUAGCUUAAGCGCUCUAAAGGGACUAGAUGCAUAUAGAACGGACGAUGGCCUUAUUAGAGUUGGUGGCAGAGUAAAGCUUCAAGAUAAAUUCUCUUAUGACCAAAAACACCAGAUAAUAUUACCAUCUGAUCAUGACGCCACGAACUUAAUAAUUAAUUACUAUCACCUUCUAACUGGACAUGGGGGAGUUGAACGUGUGCUCGCUGAGACCAGACAAAAGUAUUGGAUUGUAAGAGGUCGAAGAAAUGUUAGACGGGAACUUUCGAAGUGUAUUACUUGCAAGAGGAUAAAAGCGCCACCCCUGCAACAAAUCAUGGGACUCCUUCCAACAUCAAGGCUUGCAAUACACGAACAACCCUUUUCAAGAGUAGGUGUGGACUACUUUGGCCCUCUUACUGUAAAACGUGGACGGACGGAAUGUAAACGUUACGGUUGUAUCUUUUCCUGUCUGACGACUCGAGCUGUACACAUUGAGGUGACAAACUCUCUAACUACAGACACGUUCAUUAACGCAUUUCAUAGGUUUAUCGCUCGCCGUGGUUCGCCACAAGAGGUUAUUUCGGACAAUGGGACCAAUUUUAUCGGGGCAAAACAGGAAUUCAAGAAGGCCGUGAAAGAAUGGAAUCAGAAAACAAUUAAUGAUUUUAUGGUCCAGAAAGAAAUAAAAUGGUCAUUCAAUCCGCCUACAGCAUCUCAUAUGGGCGGUAUAUGGGAGCGUCAAAUUAGAAGUAUCAGAACGAUUAUCUUUAGUUUAGUACGACAACAGACAUUAGACGAUGAGGGUGUUAAUACACUUAUGUGCAUAGUCGAGGGCAUUAUAAACAGCCGGCCCCUUACAAAACUAUCAGACGACCCUAAAGAUGAUAAUCCACUAACCCCUAACCAUUUGUUAUUAUUACGCGGCGGCCCAUUGUUACCACCAGGCCAUUUUGUUGAGCAAGACAUAUAUCGAAGACGUUGGAGACAAAUUCAAUACCUUGCCGAUGUUUUCUGGAGGAGGUGGGUGAAAGAAUACCUGCCAUUACUACAAAUACGUCAGAAGUGGGUCUUUGAGAAAAGAGACGUUAAAGUCGGAGACCUUGUUCUAGUCACUGACAAAAAUACUCCACGUUAUCAAUGGCCACUAGCAUUAGUAGUUGAUGUAUAUAAAGGUAGCGAUGAACAUGUUAGAUCUGUUAAGAUUAGAAUGAGGGGAAGUACAUACGAAAGACCCAUAACUAAAUUAUGCUUACUCGAAGGUGUAGAUUAAGUUUGUAGUUAAGAUCUUGUAUUAUAUUAUAUUUAAGAUAUCAUACUUUAUAUUUUGAUUGUUAAACCAAGUUGGUUUAAGGUGGGGAGUGUAAAGUAUUAUAAGUUUUGAAGCGCCCUCUCUACAUAUUCUGUAUCUCCCAAUUGGUAUAUAUCCUGGUUGUUACCAUGUGUGAGGGAGAGAUGAUCUUGGAAUUGGUUACGGCACAUCUCCUCUUGACACCAUUUUGUUAUUUAAACUUUUAGCAAUUUUUGUUUUAAACUUUUGUUGUUUUACAACUUUGAUCAACCAGUUGAUUCAUUUUUUGACGUGUCGACGACACUUUUGUUUGGAUUUUAAAUUGGUUAAAGCUAGAAUUGAUAAUUUGAUUUGAAGUUUUAUUAGCCUUGGAGACGCG